UCCUUUAAGAGCGCAACACGCCUCGCUCCAGAGUAACAGAGCCACACUACUGUGGCAUUACUGAGUACCCAGGAUACCGAGCGGACACACACGUGCACACACACACACACACACACAUACGCGCGCGCGCGCACACAUAUACAUACAUACACAAAAACACACACCUAAAAGAAAUAUAGAUGGAAUUAUAACAAUGGAAUACCACUGGGUUCUGUUUCCUGUCGUGUUACAGUUUCUCUUCCGACCAGGCAGUACCAAGCCCGUAAUUUCACCAGACGGAUCCCAGAUCGCGGUGCAGCUGAAUGGCAACCUCGUUCUUCGUUGCCAUGGCGAUUCACCAGUGCGUUGGUUUCGGGAAGAACGUCCGAGCCGAAUACUAAGGGAUGAGCAGAGGGACCACCAACUGUCAACUAUCAAUAUGACCAAAGCGAAGCCACAGGAUCAGGGCAAAUACAUUUGCAUGGAGGAGUCCUCAGGAGAGAAGAGCUCCAUUUAUGUUUAUGUUACAGCCUUCCUCUUAGCAGAUCCUGUAAACGCCUUCAGGAAGUCCAUGAUCCCAGAUAUCAUGGCCGGGGCAGGCGACAUCGCCACUAUCCCCUGCCUAGCCACCGACCCCAGAAUGGUCGACCUGCACCUGGAGACCUGCGACGGACAACAACUGCCCACUGGGAUGAGGUACAGCGCUAGUACCGAGACAGGCAUUUCCAUGUUGAAUGUCCAGCCCACCUACAAGGGAUGCUAUGUCUGCGUGGGAUUUCUGAAAGAGAAGAUGGCCCGAUCUAUGGAAUAUAAGCUUAAUGUGCGACUGGUUCCAGAUGCACCGCCCCGUAUUUCACUUCAGGAGCAUAACAGAGUGCUCCUAACCCAAGGCCAGAGGCUCACGCUCAGCUGUUCCACUUCCAAUGUCAACAGUGAGAUCAAGAUUAACUGGCUCCCACCUCAUGGUGUGAAAGCAUCCGUGCAGCAAAGCUCACAACUUUUCACCGAGCCAGUCCUGCACAAACGUACAGCCACCCUCCAAAUAGAAGCCGUGACAACCCAGGAUUCGGGGAGCUACUACUGUAACGCAGAGAACUACAGAGGAACCAGUACCGAGAGAGUCUGGGUGGAUGUCUACAGCAAAGGAUUUAUGAACCUGACCCAUGUAGAUAACAGGACAUGGAGAGUGCGAGAAGGAGAGAGUCUGUCCCUGCGUGUGGAUAUGGAAGCCUACCCUAAACCACAUGUCUUCUCCUGGAGCUACAAUCGAAAAAAUCUCACGAACACAACUGACCACGUUAUAACCACACACUCACAGGCACACAGUUAUCAAAGUCAGUUAAAGCUUGUGCGUUUAAAAGUAUCAGAGAGCGGUGUCUACACCUUUCUGGCCUCCAACGGUGACGCUAGUAUCCACCUGACAUUUGAAGUUCAUGUCCUAAGUAAACCAGCAAUUGUAUCUCAUGAAGGUCCAGUUGAUGGGCAAGUGCGCUGUGUGGCUGAAGGUUAUCCCCCACCUCAGAUCACAUGGUACUACUGCGACCAACCCCAUGCCAGGUGUUCUAAUUUGUUAAAUGCCACACAAGAGGAGGAGGAUGUCGUCACUGUAACCAUGACUAACCCACCCUUUGGGAAGGGAGCGGUGGAGAGCCGCUUAAACAUCACCAAGAACAAUUACCCCACCCUGGAGUGUGUGGCUUCAGCCGAAGGCGAGAUUGUCUACACGCUGUUUUCCAUCAGCGAACGUACUGUUCCUCAUGAGCUUUUUACUCCAUUGCUGAUUGGCUUCACUGCUGCUGCAGCCAUCCUUUGCCUCAUCCUGUUUGUUCUCAUUUACAAGUACAUACAGAAACCUAAAUACCAGAUUCAGUGGAAAGUCAUUGAGGGAAUCCAUGGCAACAACUACGUCUAUAUUGACCCUACCCAGCUUCCGUAUGACCAUCAGUGGGAGUUUCCGCGGGACAGGCUGCGAUUCGGCAAAACUCUUGGCUCAGGAGCAUUCGGGAAGGUGGUGGAGGCCACAGCAUAUGGAAUGUCCAAGGCUGAUACAGUGAUGACUGUGGCGGUCAAAAUGCUAAAACCGAGUGCGCAUGCCACUGAGAAAGAGGCUCUGAUGUCAGAACUGAAGGUGCUCAGUUACCUUGGCAACCACAUAAACAUCGUCAACUUACUGGGUGCCUGCACUGUUGGAGGUCCGACUCUGGUGAUAACUGAGUACUGCUGUUUUGGCGACCUGCUGAACUUCCUGCGCCGAAAGCGUGACUGCUUCUGCUGCUCCAGACUGGGAGAUGACACGUACUAUAGAAAUGUUCUGUUACAUCCAGAUUCAGGUGACGGUAGAAAUGGCUAUAUGACUAUGAGGCCUUUGGUUUUGGGAGUUCAGUCCACUGAGAAACGUUCACUACCUAAAGGUGUUGGCUCUAACACUGACAGUGACGUGUUCAGUGAGGUUCUUCAAGAGGAUGGUUUGGCUCUGGACACUGAAGACCUCCUCAGCUUCUCAUAUCAAGUUGCUAAGGGCAUGGACUUCCUGGCAUCUAAAAAUUGUAUUCACAGAGACCUGGCAGCCAGAAACAUCCUCCUCACACAAGGAAGAGUGGCCAAGAUCUGCGACUUUGGACUUGCCCGUGAUAUUACUACUGACUCCAACUAUGUGGUUAAAGGAAAUGCCCGUCUGCCAGUGAAGUGGAUGUCUCCCGAAAGUAUCUUUGAGUGUGUGUACACAUUCGAAAGUGAUGUGUGGUCUUACGGCAUCUUGCUGUGGGAGAUCUUCUCUCUGGGAAGCAGUCCUUACCCAGGUAUACCUGUAGACGCCAAAUUCUACAAGAUGAUCAAGGAGGGAUACCGAAUGGAAUCACCUGAGUUUGCUCCGAGUGAAAUGUAUGAAAUCAUGCAGUCUUGUUGGGAUGCAGACCCCUCCAGAAGACCCUCAUUUGGCAAGAUAGUGGAGAAGGUUGAACAGCAAAUCUCGGACAGCACCAAACAUAUCUAUCUGAACUUCAGCUCCAGGUUGCCUGUUGUCACAGCUCUCCGUGAGGAGCCUUUUUCUCACUCCUCACGCCGUAAUUCAGGAAGCGGUCACAUCACUCCCACUCAGCCUCUGCUGUCCAGUGAUGAUGUUUUUUUGGAGGAAGAAGCUCCCAGGCAGCCACGGGCAUAAAAAAAAACCUCCUCCACAAUGCUGGUUCUUCUACGAAGUCUGUAAGCCUUUCAGACAAAUCCAGGCUGAGUGAAAUAAGCGAACCCUGGAACAGAACCCUGGGCAGAAAAAAGUCACAUCAUCUUCACACUCUCUUCCCUUUACUGAUGUGCUUAGGGAACAAUGUAGAGAGUACUUUCACUCUUUUCACAUUGCUUCAUGAUCAAGUGACAUGGGAUGGUGGGACAUGGAAGUUUUAGGGAGAGUUUUACAUUUUCAUGCUGUUUGAUAUUCCUGUCGGGUCGAUUAACACAGUGACUCCUUCACUUCUGCACAACAGGCCGAACCUGGUCCUUUUGUGGUACGAUGAAUUUUUAACUCUGCAUAGGUACUGGGGAAGUUUAUCAUAUAUCAAGCUUUAUUUUCAUGAGCAUAGCACAUUCAUAUUAACAAGAUGUUUAAACCUUUCUUUAAAAGUUAAAACAUCGGUGUUUAAACCUUUGUGUGUUUUCAUGACCAUCAGCACAGGUGGUAAUGUGGCAUAGAGCAGUGCAAACGUGUCACAACUGCCGAGACUUGAAUACAAGCAUGUACGUUUUAUUUUUCGAAUGCCAACAGUCCAAAAUCAAGAGUCACUGAAAACAUACAGGGGGAUAAAUAUACAAAUACCAAGCUAAUGCAGAGAUAAAACGUGUGUUGAAAUGGGGGGACAAAUAGUUAACACCGGGUUGUAAGAGCUAGGAGUGUCUUAGCCCUGUGUCUGUGCUAAGAGGGGGUCAAUAGGGUCGGUAUUGCGCAUGCAUUUUUACAGGUCCCACAAUGGGUUUUCACACCCAAUUAUGCCCCAUUUCAAUGUAGCAUGUUCAUUUAUGGUCAUGAAAAUAGAAAGAGCACAACUGUGAAAGAAAUGGCUUGCAACCACCCAAAUAUACCAGCUUACCCAGCAAUUUAAGCUUGUGCUGAUGUAAAAUAGAGCCUUAUGCCAUUGUUCUUGAUUUGUAGGUCAAUACAAAUGGUCAGAAAAGCACUUUUAAAAAUUUUGAUCAAUCUCUAUCUUGAAUGUAGAUGCUCUUUCUUAGCAGUAUAUACACCUAAGUCCUGGAGUCUUUCAUUUUGAAAGUGCAUAUUGGUCUUGUGUUUUGUAUGAUGGGUUGAGGCCGCUUUAGGGCAGUUUAGUAGAGAUACACUGCUUCAGAAUUAUUCAGUUGCAGAUUGAGACUAUGCUUUGUUUAUAUUCAAAUCACAAGCUUAAUAAUUAGGUGAAGUACAUGUUUGUGCAUGUUAUUUUCCUCUGGUCUCUACAUUUCUGGUAGCUUCAAUGAGUACAAGAACACAAUAACUACGUAUAGACUCACUUCUUUUUCUUAGGUUAUUAGUCAUAGAUUUAAUAUUUUUUUUUUUUUUUGCUUUUCUUGUUGUUAAAAUGUAAAGAAAAGACUUCUUAUUGGACUUCUAUUAAUAUUUUCAGGGAACCUAUUUAAGUAGCAUCUCAAAGUGUUAAAGUGCAAAUGACGAACUUUCUGGGCUGAAUAACAUUUCAGCUUUAAGAGCAGUAUUAUGCUUGGUUUGUUAUGUGAAGGAUUUUGUCUAGUACUGUGUGAAACUUUGAAAACCAAAUUUGACAGAGUCCUUCAAGCUUCCCAAAUACAAGAUACUGUGGUAGAGGUAAAACCGGCAAAGCUGAUUAAAAACAAAAGACUUGUUUUUAAAAGCUCAAUUCACCUUCUAUUUCUACUCAUCUACUUCUACUCUUGUCUCUACAUAUAAAUGGCUGAAUAGUAUGAAUUUGAUUGAAAAACAGAGACUGUUGUGAAUCUCUCAUGACUCCCAUGCCUGUAGUUUAGGUGCUGCUGCCUAGACUUAGAAUUAGUUGAAGAGUCCAGUAGCAUUCGAAACGUUGCAUAUUUUGUUAGGAACAGAGAAAUGUCUCAUAAGACUCCACUUUAAACAUUUUAAGAUGUUGAUAUGGAGGCAGAGUAAUGUGUUUUUGUAGAUAUGUACAUAUUUAAUUAAGCUGUUCAUAAAAAGAUAUUGUACUGUAUAUUAUCCUUUCUGUUCACAUGUUUAUAAAGAAGUUACCUUUUUUUGUCAUUACAUACAGUAUAUGAACAAUAAGUGUUGCAGAGAAUAUUCACUCAAGCUUAGGACAUUAGACUUAGGUUAAGAAGAUGCAUCAGAAAACACCAACACUUUCCAUACAACACCAACUGUCGUGCCUCACGGUUAACCCUCAGAUUAGACUUCUGCUCUUUUGCCAAUAAGAAACUUGAGGAACAAUACAUGUGAAAGAGUGCUGUUGAGGAAAGAGCUAAUAGAAAGCUACUGCAUUUCAGACAUGGAUGCCAAUGGGUGCACACUCUCCGUAGGAACAGCCAAUGGGCGACAUCUCAGUGGAUCCACCAGUGGAAGGGUAGCUGCUCUGAGGGAGAGCCAAUGAAAUCGUUCUCAUUACUUGUUGACCUACCAAUUGGAAAAAGAGCAGCCCUGCAUUAGAGAUGGAGAGUUUAUCAGAAUCCUAAGACUAUGAGCAACAGACUGAGUGAUUCAGAUCGUGCCAGGUAGACCUUGUAACAUCAGUAGUCAGACACCCGUCAGUAGCUCUCUUUCUGUUCUUUGUGUCCAGCUGCUUCCUCCAGCGGAAGUGUCACUUCCAGGGCACUUGAGCUGGGGAGAUCCCAGCCGCUCUCUAUCCCACCUCCACCGCUUCCCUCUCACCCUCUUCCCACACUGCGACAUUGUUCUGUGGGGCAUCUGUCUGCAUCUGUGUGUGUGUGUGUGUGUGUGUGUGUGUGUGUGUGUGUGUGUGUGUGUGUGUGUGUGUGUGUGUGUGUGUGUGUUGUAGCAUAAUGCAGGUCAUUUUGCUGGUAAGGCACCAGAGCACUGAUGAGCUAUCAUUUAUACAGCUUGUGAAAUACACUGUAUACCAUAAACUGGCUCCUGGCUGCCAGUUUGUGGACAUGAUACCACUCCUGUGCUGUUGCUUGCUCUAUUGUAAUAUGUGUAAAUGAUGUAAUGUCACUAUUUUUAGGGCAAUGUGGUACGUUCAUGCUAAUGCUGUAAAUGUUUAAGUGCAACUCUUUUUUUCUGUGUGUGUGUGGUUUUCAUACUAUUUAAUAUUUACUUUGCAUAUCCAUUGCAUAAAUGUUACUUUACUAGUUCCACCCAUUGACUGUGUGUAUGGAUUAAGGUCUUUACAUGUAAAUAACAGGUGGCUUAAUUGCCUAUAGCAGAUGUGCAACUUCAUUCACAUUUGGUACACCCAGUAUACAGAAUACCAUUCAUCUAAUCACAUGUAAACUGAUGUAACGUCAUCAUGUGGUAAUAACUAUAUGAUAAUGCAUGGAUUAUCUCAGUAGGUCUGUUUUUGGACAAAUUAUUGGUGAUAUUUUUUGUCCCUUGAAGAGAAGGUUUCCUCUGUGCACUUCAUCAUUGUAUAUUUAUUUUAAGGGUUUUGUUUGUUUGUUUGUUUUUUUGUUUUGUUUUAUUGUGUAAGAUCUGUCAUUUGUGUCUGUCAUGUCUCGUUAUUAUACACUGUAAAUAAACCAUUGAAACAUAAAUGAUUCCA